AUGAAUCAUUCGCUACCGAACGAAGGCCCGGUCAACCAGAGCCACUCCGGUUCAGGCGACAACACGGCAGGAAAUAGGGUCGGGCGCGAUCACAACGAGAAUCACGGCGAUGGGCAUAUUACCAUUAAUCAGUGUUGUCAUCAGGAUUCCAAGUCGGACCCGCGCCAACAACUCAUGACGUCCUUAGAGUUUACCGGUAUGAACAGUCGGUCCCAUGACAUAGGCCUCGCUGCGUCAGGAACAUGCGACUGGCUUCUGGGACACAAGACGUACGAUAGGUGGACCAGUAGGCAUCACGGCCUCCUCUGCAUCAAAGGGAAGCCUGGCUCGGGAAAGUCAACACUGCUACGGUAUGCUAGCGUCAAGACGCCACGAACUGAUGGAGGGAACCCUCUCACUCUCUCGUUCUUCUUCCACGGCCGCGGCAGUGAGCUUCAGAGAACACCACGUGGUCUUUUUCGGUCACUUUCCCAUCAGGUGCUCCAAGCGAUCCCCGACGCACUUGAUCAUGGCCACACUUGGCGUCAAUGGCAGAGCGCUGUUGAUGCAGAGAGUGAGGAGAAGCAUCUACGAGAUGUUUUCGAAAAAACACUUGAAAAGGCCUUGGAGACCCGUCCAGUCUGGCUAUUCGUCGACGCAUUAGAUGAAUGUGACAACAGCUAUGGGCCCGACAUAGCGAAGCGAUUCAGGGACUUCCUGUCUUCCCUCUCGUCCUGUCUGAAGCCACUUCGCAUAUGCUUCACAAUUCGCUCUAAUCAGACACUGAGUCUGUCAGACAUGGACGAAAUACGUGUCGAUGUUGAAAACAUCAAGGACAUAUCGACUUAUGUCAACGAACAGCUGGCUAGGCAGCAAAAUGUUGCGAAGUUGAUCACGGAACGCGCUAAUGGCAUGUUCCUGUGGGCUUGUAUUGCGGUUCGCAAGGUUCGUGAAGUCCAGGAAGGUCCGGAGCCAGUCACGCUGGGGAAGAUCCAGGACGCGAUUCUUGAACUGCCCCGAGAGCUGGACGAACUCUACGACAAACUAACCUCAAAUAUGGGCGAGGACUCUCUCAAACUCUUCCAAUGGAUCACCUUCGCCAUGCGGCCGUUGGAACCAUCUGAACUGCAAUGGGCCAUGCUGAUCGAUGCUGAUCGCCAUGACCAGUCAAUGGAUCAGUACCGAGAAGAAGCGACUUACCGAGCCACUGACAUCGGAAAACUCAGCAAGGGCCUUGUUGAGGUGACGCCAGACGAGAAGGUUGUCCAAUUCAUCCACCAGACAGUGAAGGACUUUUUCCAGGGGACCCUGUCGAGGUUGAACGAGACCUCGAGAUCCCAACACGUGGCGCACAAUCUGCUGUAUAAGACCUGUCUCCGCUACUUGGAGAUGGCAGAGAUCGAUCAGUCAGUGAGGCUUAGCCGGAACGACAUGAUGUCCAAAUUUCCACUCUUGCAGUAUGCUACCACCUCAUGGGUUGACCACGCCAGCAAAAUCGCUGCAGACCGUCUGUUAACUUUGGAGUGGCCUGAGCCCGAUAUUAUCAAACGAUGGGUGUCCGUUUACCGGGUAUUGGAUAAAUGGAAUCGUCGCUGCCCUGGUGAGGGGACCACUGUUCUUCACAUCAUGUCGAGGUAUGGGAUGGAGGAAGAAUUGCGGGAAUAUUUGAACGGAGGAGACGGGAUUAGUGUCGACUCCAAGGACUCGAAUGGAUGGACGCCGCUGUCUUGGGCAGUGCAAAACGGGCAAGCAUCGGUAGUAGCGCUGUUACUCAGCAAAGGGGCUAAGAGAGAUUACAAGUACAAGUUGGAAUAUGGAGGACUUAUAAGUAAAGCCGAUAUAAACUAG